GGAAUCUGCUGGACAAACACAAAAGUUGAACAGGGCAGCUGGGAACAGAGAAGAGCUGUGCUUCUGCCUUUUUUUGCAGGUUUGCUGUUGCCGGGGAGAGGUUUUAGGCUGUCAUCCAGCUAAUUCACACCAAAGAGACAAGCCCUUGAAUUAGUUGCAUUAUCUGCGCCCAGCUAAAGUGGACAAAAGAUUAAAGUGUGCUGAGCACCACCACCGUGAUUUGCAUCUCAGAGCCCCUUCCCACGGGCCCCCUCUGCUCCCAGCCUUUUUUUUUUUGUUUUCGUUUUCUGGCUCUGAGCCAGCCAGCAUAAGAGCCCUGUUUACAGAAAUGAUGCCUAGGUUAAUAUUGCAAAAGACUUCAUCAAAGGCUGUAGUCGCUGCUGAAGCAGAAGGGUCUGACCAUGGGCCAUGAGCUGACCGGGCUGCGCGCACAGGGGAUGAGCCGCAGCCACGCGGCGCCGCCCUCCGUUUGACAAAUCCUGCUCUCAGCCUGAGCAGGCUGGUGUAGAGGAGAACAGAGCUAUCAUGUCCCAAGGAGAAGCAGCAGGACGCGGCGCUGCCAAGCCCCAGGACCGGGGGUGGGCAUGGAUGGUCCUGCUGGCUGCAGUGGUGCUGCAGGGGCUCACACUGGGCUUCCCCUGCUGCAUUGGUGUCUUCUUCACGGACCUCCAGCAAGAGUUCCAGGCCAGCAACAGCCAGACAUCGUGGUUCCCAUCCAUCAUGGUGGCCGUGCUGCAUGGAGGGGGGCCCCUCUGCAGCAUCCUGGUGAAGCGCUUUGGCUGCAGGUUUGUGGUGAUGCUGGGAGGGCUGCUCAGCGGGCUGGGAAUGGUGUCCAGCUCCUUCUGCCAGUCCAUCAGCCAGCUGUACCUCACAGCUGGCUUCAUCACUGGACUGGGAUCAUGUUUCAGCUUCCAGGCAGGAGUGACUGUGCUGGGCUACUACUUUGUACGGUGGAGGACACUGGCCAAUGCCAUGGCCUCCACCGGUGUCUCCCUCGGUUUCACGCUGUGGCCGCCGCUGUCUCAAUAUCUGCUGGACAAGAUGGGCUGGAGAAACACCUUCCUCAUCUUUGGAGGAAUAUUGCUCAACUGCUGUGUUUGUGGAGCCAUCAUGAGACCCAUUCAGCCGGCAUCAGGGUCACUUCUAGAGUCUGCCAAGCCUGAAGAGAAGCCAGGGAGUGGAGCAGAAGAGGCACAGCUGUCCAAUGGAGCAUCUCCUCACCACCCCACACUCCAGCAGCACACCAGAAGGACAAAAUGCUUCCAGAUGCUGCAGAAGUACCUGGCUUUUGACAUCUUCUGUCAAAACAAAGGUUACCAGAUUUACACUAUUGGAGUGACCUGGAUGAUGAUGGGGUUUUCCUUACCCCAUAUCUACCUUGUGCCUUAUGCCAUCCACAACGGGCUGGAGGAACGCAAGGCAGCGCUGCUCAUCUCCAUCAUUGGGCUCAUCAACAUCUUCAUCCGCCCUUUCACAGGGCUGCUCUCAGGACACAGAAUCUUCACAGGGAGACGAAUCUACCUGUUCAGCCUGGCCACGCUCCUCUGCGGGCUCAGCAAUUUCAUCUGUGUCAUUUCAGCUGAGUUCAGCGCGCUCAUCCUCUACUGUGUCAUCCUCAGCAUAGCCAUGAGCGGUGUUGGUGCGCUCACCUUCCAGGUGCUGAUGGAUGUGGUGGAGAUGGACAGGUUCUCCAGUGCUCUAGGGCUCUUCACCAUCCUGGAGAGCAUCACCCUCCUCAUCGGGCCCCCGCUCACAGGUCUCCUGGUAGACAUAACCAGUGAUUUCCAUUACGUCUUCUACAACUCCAGCUUCUUCCUGAUGUCUGCUGGAUUAUUUAUGGGGCUUAGCUUCUGUGCUCUGGAAAAAAAAAACAAAUUGAGAGAGGCUUCCAAAGCAUGUUUGGACAAUCCCUCCAGAUAUCAAUACAGUGAAACUUCAACAGAACCAAAGGCUGAAAGUCAAUCCCCUCCAGCAGUUCAGUACAUCACGAGCAUAUGACAAUAAAGAGGGAAAAAGAGCAACACCAUGAAGUGGUCUGCACACAGCAAUACAUGGCCCAGCACCGAUGACAGAUGAGAAAAGAACAGUCUGCUUUCCACAACUGUCAUCUUCCAUUUGCACUUCCACUCCACAGGGCCUUGUCACACUCCAAGACAGUGAUCCAGACCAUGGCCCAGCCCAGAACCCAGCACCAGCCAAGGAGACGAAGCACAAAGCACAAAGACUUCUGAGCCCUCCUAAAGCAAACCAUGGGAUAACAGCCAUGGCACCCAGUGCCAGGACACAAAAGCUGAGACAGUUCUAUUGGGUUAAAUCACCAUCUUCUAGAAGUCACUGGAAUUUCACAAGCACAUUCCAGUUGGAAGUGCUGAAUAACAUAUAUUAUUGGGUAGUUCUUCACAAAGAAGCAUUGUUGCCUCAUCUGCAUAUGCAAUUUUGGUGCACAGGCUCCCUGUCUGCUUCCCAUAUUGGGGGUGGCAAGACAAACACUUUCCACAGGAAGUGUGUUAUUAUUUUGCACAUUUCUAAAUAUUAUACAAAAGCAGCUACAUGGGUUGUAGAGUUCAGACAAAUCUCUAGUAAGAUAAACUGUUCUCUCCUAUGAAGCAUAUACAGGAGUUCCUCAUGGCAAGGACAGUUUCAAAGCCUCAAAAUUCAAUUCCAGAGCCUCAAAAAAAAGCCCCAAAAACCAACCCACCAAGCCUUGGAGUGCUGGCUUUGUAUAACUACUGAUAUCUCAAGAGCUGUUGAAUAUAUCAUAAAAGAGGGUUCAUAGCUCAUGUAAACACACUUCAGCAUUUACUGGAACCCAUUUGGGGCAGGGAGGGUGAUAGCAGAUCUAAGAACAAGGAUAUGUAUCCUUUCAUAGGGCAAAAUUCAAAGCAACUGUAGUUCCUCUUUGUGGAGAUCAGCUCUUUAGUCUUAGACUUUUGAACCUAAUUACACCAGCAUUCUCAUUCUGGAGAACUUUGUACAAACAUAACUUAUAUUUCUUAUAAGCACAAGCAGAACUUACAUAGAAAUCUUGGGGAAAGCAUACUGAGAAAAGCCAGUAUUGCUGACUUUCUAUCCAUACAGCCUUGACUGGAAGUGGCUUUGUCUGCCACGUUCCCAGGAUUUAGGCUUGUCACUGCUCACACAAUGGCUGCAGCAGCCUCAGCAGCAGCUCAAGAUGCAAACUGGGCAUUUUCUGUAUCACCCCUGAUCUGACACAUGUGGAUAACAGCUCAUGAAGCACACAGAUAAAGAUAACCCAACACAUCAGAACAAUCAACAAGAUGGAAGCACAAAAUGAGAGUGAAAUGAAAGAAGUAACAGCUUUCAAUGGAACUUCAGUGCCUGUCUGAGAACUGUUAUAUCAAACCCAGCUGCAGUGCUUAUCUGGAGAGCUGUCCUAUCAGAUUCCUAGUGACAAACCACAGCUUUCAUUACAGCUCCACAGAUAAAACAAACAAACCAAUUAAAAAACCCACUCUGGAUGAAAUCACUGGAAAACUGACUCCAAGGUCUUCAGAGACUAUGGUGGUUUCACAGGUGGCUUUUACAUAGAAGGAGCAUCAGCCCUUCAGAAGGGGUCCCACAGCUCAGUAUCUUCUCCAAUACUGCCCUGGGAUUACAGACCCAGGAGGAUUUGCAUCUCCUCAUCAAAGCUAUAAUUAAAUAAAAUGAUUAGUGAGAGAUAUACAUAUCUAAUCUCUCAGCACAUGUGUUUAUUAACUUAUGUGAUGCUUACAUGGUCCAUAACUAUGAAGUAAACAGGGACUGGUGUUUCUCAGCUUACCAAAACAGAUUGCUGUACAUUCCUAGGAAAAUGAGGGGGCUUUCUCUCUCACA